AUGACUACCAAGAUCGACAAGAUGGGCGGGGCCCAUACCGAAGAAGAAGGCCAGGACACGACAGUAGCUGCCUCGAGCUCUGUUCUUGCUGGAUCUGAUGAUAUGUUGUCUCUUGGUCGGGUUGACCAAGCUCUGUCAACCAAGAUGCAGCUUGUCAAUGAGGCAAUCGACACAAUCGGGUUUACCCCUUAUCAUACGAAGCUUUUUUUUCUCAACGGAUUCGGCUACGGUGUUGACUCGAUGUUACUCUUCCUUAUGAGCAUAUCCGCCGACCAGGUGGUGGCCCAGUACCCUCCGAAGUUUGACAGGGGCGCCCAACUGGGCUUCUAUAUUGCCUUGCUAGUGGGUGCCUUAUUCUGGGGUAGCACAGCGGACAUCAUAGGCCGAAAGUGGGCUUUCAACUUUUCUCUGUUCACUAGCGCUAUCUUUGCUAUCACUGCUGGGGCUGCACCCAAUUACCCGGCCUGGGCUACUUUGGUCGCACUUUCGGCUUUCGGAUCUGGAGGAAACUUGGUGCUUGACACCACGGUCUUCCUCGAAUAUCUCCCUUCUAACAAGCAAUGGCUUCUAACCCUUCUAGCGGGUUGGUGGGGAGUUGGGCAGACCGUGGCCGGUCUGGUGGCCUGGCCGUUCAUGGCAAACUAUAGCUGCCCUACGGACGGCUCUGUUCCAUGCACCAACGCCAACAACAUGGGAUGGAGAUAUUUAUUCUACACCUGUGGAGCUCUGGUGUUUGUCCUAAGUAUUGCUCGAGUACUCGUUAUUCGAUUUCAUGAGACCCCCAAGUUCCUUCUCUGCCAAGGCAUGGAUGAAGAGGUUAUUAAAACGCUCCAAAAUCUUGCUCAGAAGUAUGAUCGCCCAUGCAACCUCACUCUGGAGCAACUUCAAGCCUGUGGCCAAAUACACAGCGCCCAUGCCAAAGAUAAAGCCUCCCUGUCUGAGUUGGUAGUACACGUCCGAGGUCUGUUCUCGACCCGAAUUAUGACCAUCUCGACGUCGCUCGUGUGGUUUUCUUGGGCACUCAUUGGGCUAGGAUAUGCUCUGUAUUAUGUUUACCUGCCCGAAUACCUUGCCUCUCGAAACGCAACGGCCGGUGAGACUUCGACCUAUCUCACAUGGCGGAACUAUGCAAUCACCAAUCUCUGCGCUAUCCCGGGUCCUAUCAUUGCAGCAUAUAUGUCCGAGCUUCCUAUUUUUGGGAGAAGAUACACAAUGGCCAUCGGAGCAUUCAUGACAAUGGCCUUCUUCUUCGGCUAUACCGCUGUCCGCACUAGUGCGCAAAAUCUGGGCUUUGCAUGUGCAAUCUCCAUUGCAAUCAAUAUGUACUACGCAACACUUUACGCCUACACUGUUGAAAUCCUACCGUCCGCGCAUCGAGGUACUGGCAAUGGCAUCGCAGUCGCACUCAAUCGACUGAUGGGAACGGUAUCAGCGUUGAUUGGUGCCUUCACAUCCACUGCCAGCUCAGUCCCAAUUUACGUAUGUGCUGCUCUUCUGGGAAUGGCAGGUAUCCUUGCCGUGCUGUUCCCUCUUGAGUCUCGUGGGAGACACAGCAUCUAA